CUAAUGAGAAAUGGGCUUGUGAGGAGCACACACUCUUCCACAUCCUCUCGCUCUUUCUAUACUCUUCCUCUCAUCAUCACGUUUAUCUUCUCUCGUCUCCACUGAUCCCACCAACCACACUUACUUCUCUCAAUGGCGACGAUGUACGUUCCUCCGGCGACGCUUUACGCCGGCAAACCGACUCCAGUGACUUCAAACCUCCAGAGAUCGUCUUUCUUGCCGUAUUACUCGUUGAGGAUACUCGGCGACAAGAAGAAGAAGUCUCUUUCGAAAUCUUCGUCACCAUCCUCUGCUCCAAGAUUCUCCAUGCGUGUCUCCUCCAAGCAAGCCUAUAUCUGCCGUGAUUGCGGGUAUAUAUACAAUGACAGAACUCCAUUCGAUAAGUUGCCUGAUAAUUACUUCUGUCCAGUGUGUGCUGCUCCUAAACGGCGGUUCAGACCGUACAUGCCUGAUGUGAGCAAGAACGUCAACGACAAGGAUGUGAGAAAGGCUAGAAAAGCUGAGCUCCAACGUGACGAAGCCGUUGGGAAGGCUUUGCCUAUAGCAAUUGCUGUUGGGGUUCUAGCUUUAGCAGCUCUUUACUUCUAUGUCAACAGUACCGCAUGAACUGCUGCAUCAAGAGGCUAGCUACAUUCUUGUUUCGUUUUGUAUUAACAUGUCUUCUCUGAGUUGUUGUUAGACAUUAUAAAUGAAGUAAAAUGUUGAGAUUUCUAUAUAUGUACAAAAACGGUAUUCAAUGUUGUUGGAAAUGAAAU